UGCCUUGAACACACACAUAGAGGCUUUUGCACAUUCUGAUGUUGCUGAAUCAAUACCUGAAGUUUCUAUCACUAGCAACGAGUUCUAUUUUAACUUGUCAGUCAAACUGAGGAAACAUUACUCCUCCUCUUCACUCCUCAGCUCCAGCUCAGCAGGCGGACAGGGCAGCUGUUGCUGUCCGUCAGUAGUCAAGCCCAGAGCAAGCUAGAAAUUUGGGGUGGAGUUGAGGGUCGGGGCAGGGUGUUUGAACAAGAAGUUGGGAAAUGUUCGAUUUGUGUGUAAUUUAUAACCAUAGAAGGUGACAGCUAACAGCCCGCUAGAGAUUGACCCAGAUCCAAUGGACUUCAUCUGGGACCACAAUCUAAGAACGGCAGUUGGCUGCGAUAGAUUUUCUGUUUUGGGCAUUCUUGACCUCGUGUUUGGACUCCUUCAGACACAGAGACUUAACAGUUCAAGGCCAUGGACGACUCCAACACAAAAGAAGAAGAGCUAGCCAAAGCUAUAAUGGCUCGGUGUUUCCACCCCUCUGUCAUUGGCCCAGAGGCGUGGGAGGGAUACGUCUUUUCUGAUCUGGAGAUCCGUAUCAAAGAGUCCACAGACCUCUAUGGAGCUGUACUCUGGCCCUCGGCAAUGGUGUUGUGUCAUUUCUUAGAGACCAACCGAGACAAAUACAACCUGACAGACAAAAAUGUGAUUGAACUGGGUGCUGGAACUGGGCUCGUCACCAUCGUAUCCAGCCUGUUAGGUGCUAAGGUGACCUCCACUGACCUACCGGAUGUGUUGGGGAAUCUCCAGUACAAUGUUAUGCGCAACACCAAGGGCCGAUGCAAGUACAUCCCUCUGGUCACAGAGCUCAUCUGGGGUCAGGAGGUGGAGCAGCGUUUCCCACGUGCCACACAUUGUUUCGACUACGUCCUGGCAGCUGACGUGGUGUAUGCCCAUCCUUACCUGGAGGAGCUGAUGGACACCUUUGACCACCUGUGCCAGGAAAACACACAGAUCCUGUGGGCCAUGCGCUUUCGUCUAGACCCAGAGAACAGCUUUGUUGAUCGCUUUCAGCAGCGUUUCCACCUGGAGGAGCUGUAUAACCUCCCCAGUCUGAGUAUCAAAUUGUACCGAGCCUGGAGGAAGGACCAAGGAGAGGCUGCUGCCUGAACAGACAGAGAACACACAAUGUAUUUUCAUUGUGUGAGUGUGUCUGUGACUGACAAAUUAGGUCAAAUUUGAAACUUGUCUUGCUGAAUGGGAAUAUUUUAUUGAUUCUGUAAUGUCAAGUGUUUUCAUGGAUCUCAUGUACAUAUGUCUAAAUGUCUCUAAUACACUGAGACUUUAUGAUGUUCAUAGUUUGAAAUGCUAGUAUAUCACAAUGUCAAGUUGUGAUCCAUGUUUUUACAGUUUAUUAUAUUUAUAGUAUUUUCUGUUGUAUUUGUCUUUUAGGUUACUAGAAACAUUUCAGUAUAAUGCAAUAUCAUUUAACAACACCACAACCUCCAAAAUGACCACUGAAUUCAAUCUGACACAGUGUUAACAAAAGAAUGAAUAGUCUGAUUUAUUGCAGGGCUGUUGCUUUGCUUGUCAUUUAUGUGAACUUAAAUAAACUGGCAACUCUGUA